AUGUCAGCUCGCACAACAGAGGAGCGGCUGUUUGAAAGCUGUGAUGGUUGCAGGCACAAACACGUCAAUCGCAGCGCGGAGCCGGGCUGCCGCCGGCGGCUGGCGGCGCCGCGGGGCCCCGGCAGGGGGCGCUGUGCCGCCCCGCGGCGCCAGGCGGGCGGCCGGGAGCCGAGCCCCGGAGCGGACCCAGCCCCGGAGCGGACCCAGCCCCGGAGAGGACCCAGCCCCCGAGCGGACCCAGCCCCGGAGAGGACCCAGCCCCCGAGCGGACCCAGCCCCGGAGCGGACCCAGCCCCGGAGAGGACCCAGCCCCCGAGCGGACCCAGCCCCGGAGCGGACCCAGCCCCGGAGCGGACCCAGCCCCCGAGCGGACCCAGCCCCCGAGCGGACCCAGCCCCCGAGCGGACCCAGCCCCGGAGGAGACCCAGCCCCGGAGCGGACCCAGCCCCCGAGCGGACCCAGCCCCGGAGCGGACCCAGCCCCCGGAGCGAACCCAGCCCCCGAGCGGACCCAGCCCCGGAGCGAACCCAGCCCCCGAGCGGACCCAGCCCCCGAGCGGACCCAGCCCCGGAGGAGACCCAGCCCCCGGAGCGAACCCAGCCCCGGAGCGGACCCAGCCCCGGAGCGGACCCAGCCCCCGAGGGGACCCAGCCCCCGAGCGGACCCAGCCCCCGAGCGGACCCAGCCCCCGAGCGGACCCAGCCCCGGAGCGAACCCAGCCCCCGAGCGGACCCAGCCCCGGAGGAGACCCAGCCCCCGGAGCGAACCCAGCCCCCGAGCGGACCCAGCCCCGGAGCGGACCCAGCCCCCGAGGGGACCCAGCCCCGGAGCGGACCCAGCCCCCGAGCGGACCCAGCCCCGGAGCGGACCCAGCCCCGGAGCGGACCCAGCCCCGGAGCGAACCCAGCCCCCGAGCGGACCCAGCCCCGGAGCGGACCCAGCCCCGGAGCGGACCCAGCCCCGGAGAGGACCCAGCCCCCGAGCGGACCCAGCCCCGGAGGAGACCCAGCCCCGGAGCGGACCCAGCCCCGGAGGAGACCCAGCCCCGGAGCGGACCCAGCCCCCGAGCGGACCCAGCCCCGGAGAGGACCCAGCCCCGGAGAGGACCCAGCCCCGGAGCGGACCCAGCCCCCGAGCGGACCCAGCCCCGGAGAGGACCCAGCCCCGGAGCGGACCCAGCCCCCGAGCGGACCCAGCCCCCGAGCGGACCCAGCCCCGGAGCGGACCCAGCCCCGGAGAGGACCCAGCCCCGGAGCGGACCCAGCCCCCGAGCGGACCCAGCCCCCGAGCGGACCCAGCCCCGGAGCGGACCCAGCCCCGGAGGGGACCCAGCCCCGGAGGGGACCCAGCCCCCGAGCGGACCCAGCCCCCGGAGCGAACCCAGCCCCCGAGCGGACCCAGCCCCCGAGAGGACCCAGCCCCGGAGGAGACCUAGCCCCGGAGGAGACCCAAGCCCCCGAGCGGACCCAAGCCCCCGAGCGGACCCAGCCCCGGAGCGGACCCAGCCCCGGAGCGGACCCAGCCCCGGAGCGGACCCAGCCCCGGCUGCAGCUGCGAGGGGAUCCGAGCGAGGGCGAGAAACGUCUGAGGCGUGGGGAGCAAGUGGUGAAGGAUGGAGACAGAGAGCUUGGAGCCUGUCCCAGCUGA